AUGGCUGAUUACGCGUUGAACAAUAAGCUGGUGUCUGUAUAUAUAGGGGUCGUAUACAGGGCUUUUAUAGACCCGCGUAAUAAUGCUUCGAAACAGUACAGCUUUCGUAAGAAAUUUGUCAUUCCGUAAGUACAUUCACGGAUCGUGUCAUUAAGUGUCGGAUAGUUCAAGUGUCUUCAAUAAUGGUUAAUUAGCGUCAACACGGGCCGCCAUUCCACUCUAGUGUUCCACUUGACGCUGAUAACUUGGGCCAAUGUACUUAUUAGUAUUUGACUCCAACUACGUGAGGGAUCCUCUCACAAACCUGCAGUAUCGUUUAACGGAAUUGUUAUUCUUUAUAAACGUUCAGUGGUGGAAUUGACAAAAAAGGGCGAGCGGUUGAAUGGAGUGAUGAAGCUUUCAUUGAAACUGGAGAGAGAUUGUUGGCCUUGAAACAGGGGAACGAUACGCGUCAAAAAUCGUAAGCAAAGGAGUCUCGGUUGGGGAACCGUUUGACAAUGACGUGUUUACGGAACGCCUCCGCUAGAUGUAAACUGUGUGAAGUGGCGCUGUACUAAAAGAAGUUAGGUCAUUGUGUGGCGUCUGACGCUGUUGUUGGGUAUUUUAAUCAAACGCGACAAAAGGGGUCUGUAGUUUAGUUCCUCAUUCAUACUGCUUUCGCCCACUCGAACUGCUGGUUAUCGUGACCCUCACCCGGAAAGUAGAGAAACAUGUCACUCACAACCACUUGAAAGAGGAAAUGACACCGCGAUAAACCUGUGGUGUGAGUUCUUUUAUUGUCCCAACUACAUCACAGAAACUACCUGGUAGCACUACGUGGUAGCUGUUCCUAACUGCCGACUUCCCCGAACAGGAUCGUUCGUCCAUCGAAUUGAUCUGCAUUCGUCGCGUAUGCUCUUUCGCUCGUUGUUGCCUGUAUCUGAAGACGGCGUGGUAUUAACAUGCUGCUGCUGCAGUGGGCGUUCAAUCUCAAUUGAAGGAGCUUUGACUGGAUUUGGCAUAACCUGGACAUUGGAGCGGAGCGAUAUCGACUUCUGUGGAUGUUUUAUUGACGGUGCAACGGCAACCUCAACUGAGAAAAUAACAUUGACUUCGCGUCUGACAAAUUGCGGUGAACUAAACUAUAUGUGCCGAUAAUUUGUCAGUGAUGCGUAUGGUUUGUCUGCACCACUGUUGCUACACCCUUCCGAUACGUUUUACGAGGGUAGGAGUUAUUCUUGCGGUGCCCGUCGGCAAACGCAUCAACUUAUGCCCAAGUUAACUUAUCAACGCUUCGGUUGUGCGAUCAGUUUGUAUCAACGUGUUGUCUUUGAAAUGCCAAAGUUGACAGCUUUGUUUGUCUCUGCAGUGCACAUGCAGUUGAAUCGUUGUUGUAUCAAACUUACAGAUCAGUUUCCAAUUACGACAUCGCCGGUUGUCUACCUCCAAAAGGGACCCAUCCCUCACUUUCACGAGCUAUUGGCGUCAAAUUGAUGUUGUCGCCACUCACAAAAAUCACUCGAUUUGGGGAAACUUUCAGGCGGCAGAUGUUUGGAUUUCCCUCAGCUCGUUAGGACACAGUCACGUUUACACUACAUACCAAUUUAUUUGUCAGGAUAUUAUCCCGAGAGACACAAACUAAAAAAAAAUAAUAGUAGUUUUGGUGAGGUCGAAACGGUCGUCAGUCCUUGAUAAAGCCUAAUGUUACCAGUCGCGUGAAAAAAAGCGUUUGUGCAUGAUCCUUGAAAUUGCAGUAAUUUCCACCAUCCCAGGAGUGUGAUUAUAUUCCGCAUCCGCCUCGUAACGUUUCAAUAACCGGACGUCAAAGGACAAAGGACCAAUUAUUACAAGGAGGGAGAAAACAAGAAAAGUCCAAGGGGACUCCAUUUUGCGUGACCGGCACCGCCGCGCUCUCGUGACGUGAAUUCCUGCUGAUGCCUGUUGGCACGCCAUUUGCGACUUGCUUUGUUAUAUCCUUACCUCGGUCAGAGGCGAAUAGGGAAUGGACAUCUCAUCCAAUGAUCCUGCGAGUCUGCAAUCAAUGCAACAAUACUCUCUCGGUUACCAGUAGUAAUUCCACACUGAGGGAACUGUGGGUACGCGGCCGUUGUAGUCUGUAUAAAUACCGCUUAUCAGACGUCCAGUCAGACAGUCGUACAGUCGCUCGUCUUGCUUGAAAACCACGUGGACUCUUCACAGACUCCGCUAAGCAAGUUGCGGUUGGUAACUUAACACUGUGAUUUCUACUCAACGUUUGUGAUCAUCGAUUCUGAUAAUGGAGACGGAGACAGCAGUCGGCUACUCGCUCCAGAAUCUCUCGUACAACGCCAGCAUGAACGGCACCGAGGAAGGACCAACGAUGACCCCCGUCCAGAGACUGGUUCUGUGGGUCGUCCUAGACGGUAUCAUCGGUUUCCUUGGAGUCACCGGUAACGGUCUGGUCCUGUUGGUCUUCUUCCGGGGCAAGUCUUCCCGGAACCUGAUCAACCUGUUCAUCAUUAACCAGUCCAUGAUCGACUUCACCAGCUCGUUGGUAUUUCUCCUCAUCCACCUGGGUCCUAAAUUUGAGCUGGAGCCGGGCAACACAGGUCACCUGAUUCUAUGCAAGAUCUGGGUUUCUGAGUACGUCAUGUGGGCUCUCUUCAUCUCCUCCAGCAUCAACCUCAUAUGCAUCACGCUGGAACGGUACGUGGCCACGCUCAAGCCAGCGUGGUAUAGAAAAAAAGUGGCCGCCGUCAAGAGACGCAUUGUGCCCGUGGCUGCUGCCGUCUGGGGCCUGGGUUUUCUCAUCGACGCCUUCUGGGCUUACGUCCAGCAUGUCCUACCGGGAAACCUCUGCGUACCCAUUUACAAAUCAAAAGUCUGGCAAGGUGUCGGCGGUGUGCUGAUCUUCUGCGUGACCUACCUGAUCCCACUGACAUGCAUGGCCUUCUGCUACUCGCAGAUUAUCCGUAAACUCCACCAACAGGCUGCCAAGGUGCAGUCCCAAUCCCCUGCCCGGACCCUGUCGCGCGUUGUCAACGCCAACGAGCAAGCCUCUGGUACCGGUACCAACGGUAAUCUCCUGGUCGGUAGCAGAAAGACCGCCCGCUCCACUGUGAAAUCGCAGGCCAUGAAAAACGUUAUUAAAACCAUGAUGAUAGUAUCCGCCACCUAUGCCAUAUCAUGGGCACCCAUUGCAUUUAACUACGUUAUCUACAACCUGGGCGGACCGCUGGACUUCACCAGCACUUGGUACGAAGUCACCAAAAUAUUCGCCUAUGCCAACAUGUGCGGGAACCCCUUCAUUUACGCCAUGCAGUACAGACAGUUUCAGGUGGGGCUCAAGAGAAUGUUUUGCUGCCGUAAGCUGCAGCAGACAAGGGUCGGCGCGCAACCAACUGAGAUGUCGGUAUCGGGAGGGGAUACAUUGGCUUGAGAAGACAUUCUGCACUGCAUUUAAUAGAUCUUGAAUGAGACACUUGAAGAAUUGCGGUGAAUUUGUCAUUCAUGAAAUCACUGCACAUGUAGGCCUAUGUAUAGGGCCUACGGUUAAUAAGACUAUCAUGAGCCAGUGCAACUAAAAGCACUUGCCGCUCAAAAAUGCUGUACUACACUUCAAUUUCAUUCCUCGUAUACACCAGUUAUAUCACACAGUGUUGUGCUGAAAAGUGUUGCCUUCGUGAAUAUUAUAUACGGCUUAUUCACUGCAAUAACUAUGGUUUUCAUUUAACACCAUUUGGUAUCUAUAUUGGACAACACCAGAAAUCUUUAACACUAGCUAGUCCUAUACAAUUUGUAUAGAUACCAAUGGUGUUAUAAUUAACAACGCUGUUUUUGCAGUGUUUAAUGCACUUACAACGCACGGUGCUUUACAUCAGCAAUGCCUGCCUAACUUUCCUAAAAAGUUUUUGUUCUGAAGUUGUGAAGCAUUUUUCCUAUAUGAAUACUCUUCAUUUAAUUUCAAAUUAACUUUUUACUGUCUCAAGGCAUCCAUUGCAGUAUUAAAAACAGCCUGUUGGUGGCAGCAGACACGUUGGUCCUUUCCGCCAAGAAAAACGAUAUAAACCUUAUGCGCUGAGGCGGAGUCAGGGGUCGAUGUGUUUGUAUUGCUUGAACACACGCCACAUAAUUAUGUACUACCUAUUAAAAUUGGUUUGAUCGGUAGGUUAAAAAAAAAUUCUCAAAAUGGCUGCACUUCAAAAAGACAUGUAAAAAGGAGAUCGAUCAAUAUCGCUGGUUAAUUCUUUUUUGAGCUUAUAGCGCUUGAUAACUAAGCAUGCUGCUUUUUAGCGCAAAUAUCCAUAACAUCCGAGUGCAAAAUGUGAUUUCUUGUCGCUUCAGAAAACUAAGAGCAAAAUGGUGGCUAAAGCCAUAAAUUGAGAAGAAAGACUAUUUUAGGAAGCCUAAUUAUUCGAAAUUUACUGAAAAUUCAGGAAUGCUUAUAUUGAAUGUAAACAAAUACUGGCAUUGGCCUUUGCAUAAAGAGGUAAGAUGGGGGCUCAUAGAAAUCUGUAAGUGGCCUGUCUUACAUAGUCAUUAAGUAAAUCAUGGAACUCGGACAUGUUUGUAAUGGUUUGUUUUUUAACCUAUAGACAUACGGCUUAAUGUCCAAGUUAUGAGUCUUAUCAAGCAAAUUAGUGAAUAAUCGCACCAUCACAAGGUCACAACCUGUUCAUUGAUUUGGUCAGAAUACUCUUAAAAUAUCAUAUCUUGUAUUGUUAAAUUCCCGAUCCUCUUUAACUCUGUCUUGUUUGUUCGUUACGUACCCUAGCCAAUCUAAAGGAGAUUUACAGAAAUAUAUAGCUCGUUGGUAAAACAAAAUGUACACAUUUCUCAUUGCUGGACUCGUUGUUGGGUGCGCAUGACUAUCGUAUUUUCAUUUUUGAUCGCAUGAAUCUUAAGCUUUAAAGCUCUCCGUGUAAACUAUUGAAAUCUCCCAAGUUUAUC